UGUCUGUUUUUUAAUUGGACUUCGCAACGUACGCCGUAUCCACCUCUUCCCCCUUUGCAGGUUUUCGAUUUUUUGCGCCUUAUUCUUGCCGUGCUUUGUUCUGCCCAUGAUGUGAUACUGUUAUAAGAGGAGAGGUUUUGGUGUGAUAACGAAACAUCUGUGCUUCGAGUGUCGUUGAAGGCCUGAUAGUGAUCGUGAAAGCGACUUAAAUAUCACGUAGUUCUUUUAUCAAAGGAUUAUUCUUGUGUGAUCUGGAUUUAAAGAGAUAUUAGUGUUGUGUAUAUGCAUAAUACGUUGCUAUUAAGGAAAUUAGCUAUCUGCGAGAGCACUGUAAGAUAUACUCUGGUCAGUUGGUGACUAUUUGCCUGCAGUAGAUUGUUACAAAUCAUGUGUCUUGUAGCUGGAUGAUCAGAAUUUAGAAACAUUAAAGAUUUUAUUACAGUAAUCUGGAUUAUAAUAGAGCUUUUGCUCUACAAUGUUACAUCUAACUUGAUUCGUAUUCAAUGCACUAGAGAACUGCUCUUCCGAAGAAUUAAAGCAGUAUGUCAUAAUUUUUCGUCAUAAUUACUGUUCAGGAUUAAAUAUAUGGCUUCUGCGCAAUGUGGAUAUGUAAAUCCGGGUAUUAAGUUGAGUGUUAAAAAGUAGCCAUCUUGUGAUUGGUUCAUCGUAUUGAAAAAUGAUCAUGAAAACUUUCGUAUAUCGUCGGCGCAGCCAAAGAUCCCGCGUCCGAAGAAAGUCCAAGUUAAGAAGAGAAACGUCUUAUGAAAAGGCGUGCUCGGACCGCAGAGGAAGUGCCCCGGCAACGCCGGUGCUGGGCAUCCGGACGAUGGAUACUACCACACCAUCCAGGUUUGCGAAUUUCUUCUCAAAGCGCUCCUUCAAAAGCAAUCCUUUAAAGCGUACUAAGAGUGUGACAAAACUUGAGCGUAAACGAUGUACCAUAGAUGGCGACAGCGUUACACCGUCAAUGCUUCGGACAUCUAGGUCUCAUGAAUCAUUGCUCCAGUCUAGUCCUGGCGUCUUGGCCACUCUCGAUCUUUCGCAUGGUGAUGUCCAAGUUGCAGCUCUUCACAGUAGUUUGAUUGGUCAAGAGAACUGCUUCCAGAUGAUUUCAAAUGGAGGCACUCGUUUUUACACGUGCCGUACAAAAGAAGAGCGUGAUCAAUGGCUUUAUAGUCUUAGACGGACAAUUCAACCAAAUCAAGAUAAUGUUCGUCGGAAAGAAAAUUCUCUACGUAUAUGGAUUCUGGAAGCAAAAGGAAUGUCAGCAAAAAAGAGUAAAUAUUAUUGUGAAUUAUGCUUGGACAAAACCUUGUAUGCAAGAACAUCUUCUAAACAAAAAGGUGAAAUGUGUUUUUGGGGAGAACACUUUGAAUUCAAUAGUCUACCAAGUGUUGGAAGCAUUUAUGUAAAUCUCUAUAGAGAAGCUGACAAAAAGAAAAGAAGGGAUAAAAAUGUUUUAAUUGGCAGUGUACAUAUUCCUGUUUCCAGUAUAAAUGGGAAACAUUUAUUAGAAAAGUGGUAUCCUGUAACUCCUGAAAAAGGGGUUAGUGGGAAAGAUACACCUUCAAUUAGAAUCAAAUCUCGUUUCCAGACUGUUGAAGUUCUACCUCUUAUUGUGUACAAAGAUCUCUUGCAGUAUAUAAAGACUGAAUAUAAGACAUUAUGUGAGAUGUUGGAGCCAGUUAUUAGUGUUAGAGCAAAGGAGGAUGUUGCUACGACCCUCAUAAAUGUUAUGCAGAAAGAAAAUAUGGCCAAAGAAUUCCUUGCUGAACUCGUUAUGUCAGACAUAGAAAAAAUCGGUGAUCUUCAUCUGACUUUCAGAGGAAAUUCUCUUGCAACUAAAGCUACAGAAGCUUACAUGAAAUUGUUAGGUGACAAAUAUUUGCAAGAUACUCUUGGAGUUUUUCUGCGAAUGGUUUUGGACUCAAAUGAUGAUUGUGAGGUUGACCCUAUGAAAGUUACAAAUAAUGCUACCCUCCUGCGACAGCAGUCACAUCUGAUGACUUUCGUUGAAAUGGUUUGGGUGAAAAUAAUAAAUUCAGCUUCUAAUUUCCCUAAUGAACUUCGGGAAGUAUUUUAUGAAUGUCGUAAAAGGCUGACUGCUGCUGGGAAAGAUGAGCUAUGUGAUAAUCUGAUAAGUGCUUCAAUUUUCCUAAGAUUCUUGUGCCCUGCAAUUUUAUCACCCAGUCUUUUCAAUUUAUCUCAAGAGUAUCCUCAAGGUAAAUCUGCAAGAAAUUUGACUCUGGUUGCAAAAACCAUUCAGACAUUAGCCAACUUCACCAGGUUUGGUGGUAAGGAGAGCUUUAUGGAAUUCAUGAAUGGUUUUGUUGAAAGAGAAUGGAGUACAAUGAAAGCAUUUUUAAGACAGAUAUCUAGUCCUCCUACCAAAGAAUUUAAUAAACGGAAUGAAUUUGAUGGAUAUAUUGACAUAGGGAAGGAACUUGCAAUUUUCCAUAAUUUAAUGACUGAAAAUUUGCCUAGAGUCAAUCAGAAGUGUUAUUAUAAUCAUAUUGAUACAUUACAACAAAUACUUGAUGGCAUUUCUGCUGCUUUGGGGCAUACUUCUGUUUCCAAAAAUAAUUUGACACCAUCCUCAAGUUCAAAUAACUGUCACACGGACCAUAAUAGCAAUUCUAUCAACAAUGAGAAUUUGACUCAUAAAAUGACCGAGCAUACAAGUCUGAAAAAUUCUCAGCGUGAAAUUGUGCAAACUUAUAUUAUGAACAGUGUACGAAAUAGACGUAUGGAAGUUGACUAUCAUUCCUUGACUACUGUGAACCAAAAAGCGACAUCUCCAGUGACACCUUUGAACCGGCCUUCUACCCUUCCUCGCAGUGCUUAUUUGCUGGGAAGUGGAAGAAAAGCUGCUCCUGACCUGACAACCUCUGACGACUACGUACUUUGUAGUGCGUUUGAUGCCGACAAGGGUCUCGUUUCUAACAGAAACAGUGUGGAUAAUGAAGAGGAUCAGCAGUAUCAGAAGGAUUCUGUGUCACCUCGCCUCACAAAGUCUUGCAUUUAUGGGGAGAUUAAGAGGGAUGAUUUUGGAACUCCUAAUCACAGAAUAAACAUGUCCAAUUAUUGUGAUAAAAAAACCUCAGAUUCCAGUAGGCCUAAGAAUGGCCCAAUAGUGAAUGGAAUUUGUUCUAAAGUAUCACCUCCAAGCAAAGAUCGAAAAGAAGCACACAAACGAAAUUUGCAUUGUAAUGGCCAAUCUAGUGAUGAAGCUGCCAACACAUCAGGAGAAAUGGAAGUUUCCAAUCCCAAAGGCAGUCAAAUCUCUAUCAGCCAAUUAUCUAAUGUUGCUUCAUCUGGCUACCAGUCUUUCCCAUACAGUCAGUCCAGUUCACCAGUAGAUCCAGAGCUGCAACAAGAUAAAGCACAGCCAACUACUGGAAAUGGAUCCAAUCCUCCUCUGGCUUUCAAUAAUCCUAUGUACCAUUUUCCCACACCAAAUACUGGCAUCAGCUGGGAUCGUUGCAAUCGUCAGAUGAGGAAGCAUCUUCGUAUCUCCCAUCUUAGUUCUUUUAGCAGCCUUAGUGCUGAAGAUAUAUCAGUGUUUGGGCCUAGUUCACUGGGGAAUGCUGAUUCAUCACUCAUCCUAUCUGUGGAUGGUUGUAACUGCCAUUCAAGCUCAUCCUCAUCAGGUACGGCCAGCUGCAAUUCGACUCCACCAAGGGAGCGCAGAAACAGUCAAUUCAAAUCAACAGCACCUCGAACUAAUCCUAGGUAUUCAGGAGGCGGUACACAGCAUUUGUGCUGCAGUGCAACUAUAGCGUGCUCUCCUCGUCUAGCUACAAGAGCCUUAUCGCAUCCAACAAGAUCUUUGCAUCAUUAUCAUCACCAUAAGCAGUGUUUCUCGACAGCUUCAUGUCUGCAUCGAAAACCGAAAAAUUUGAAUUUAACUUCACAAUCAAAUAAUAAAGAUAAACUAAAUGUUGUAACUAAUUCAGCUGAUAUUGACAACAGCAAUGUCCAACCAAAUGAAACAACUAUUACAACAAAUUGCAAUACUUUAACAGAUAAUAAUAAUGGAAAAUCUGUGGAAGAGUAUGAAAAAGAAGUUGAAGAACUCAAGCAUUUAAUGUCAAGUAUGCAGAGCAAACUCUCUGAAGCUGAAGAGAAACUGGCAAAGCAGGAAUCUGUAACAGAGAAAGUUGUGGCUGAUUGGCAAGCUCGAUUAGAGGCUGGUGAAGAACGAAUACGUAGGCAGCAAGAUGAGAAAGAUCAACAAAUGAAAAAUAUUAUUACAAGGUUAAUUACAGUUGAAGAAGAAUUACGGCGUGAACAACAAGAAAUGCAAGGUGUUAUUUUAGCAAAGCAAAAGGUUAUCGAUGCACAAGAAAGGAAAAUACAGACACUUGAUGCUGCAAAUACUAGGCUUUUAGCAGCUCUAGCACAGCUUAAAGAACGGUAUCAGUUGCAAGGACGGAAUGGCACCAUCUCAUCGUCACCUACCUCACCUGCUAAAUUGGCUGUCCUUGAAAAUGGGGACACCCGAUUCAAAAGCAGUUCAUGCUGACUAUUUUUUGUGUGUCAUCCCAUGUGACCUAUCUUGUACAAAAUGCUGAUUCGACCAAAUAAUGCAAUGAUUCAUUGAUACAUUCUUAUUCAUCUUAGACACUUUUUGAAGUGUAAGUUGUUGUGAACGGGUACAGUUCUUGUAAACUCUCACUUGAACAGAAUUUGUUCAUUGUUGUAUUAUCAUAUAAAUUUAGCAGUGCAUAUAUGAAAUAUUUUGUGUUUUUAUGUGUGGAGAGAUCUAUAUGUGAAGUUGUAACAUGAAAGGCAUAAUAAUUUUUGAAGCAUGCCUAAAUUUUAAUCCAGUUUUCUUUUAAGCAGUACUGCUUGCUCACUAGUCUCUACCCCUCUGAAAUUAGAAUUUUUCUCUGGAUUAAUUUUCAAAAUAGCGAUGUUAAAAAUUUUGUAUAUUUUUAAUUUGUGAUAUUAUGACAUAUUUUCUUAUCUAUUGUUAAAUAUAUUUUUAUGUAAAAAUUUUGGUUACCUGAUUAUGUAUGUCAUUGUUUGGCUAAGUUUUGUGGUUGUGAAACAAAAUGUACAUAACUCUGAUCUGACUUCCUUCCUCCUCCCCUUCACUUUAUGUGAAAUAAUGUGAUUUUGAUUAUGGUAUUCUCAAAAUGUAAUUAUCUGCAAUAAAAACAGCAGGUUGUUAUUAUGAAAUUCUUAUUCUAAUAUAAUUUUAACGUGCAUAUUUUGUAAAAAAAAAAAGCUUUACGUUUUAAGAUUGGCAUUAAAAAUGAUAGUUCAACACGUUUCAUUGUAGUUAUUAUGUAUGGAAGUAUAUUUUGAUCUUAACUGAUAUUAAAAAAUAUUCAUAGUGUAAAAAAACAUUUAUUCAUAUCUACAUUGCAUUGUGUCAUUUCAAGUAUAGUGUCUUCAUUGUGUAAAUAAUUUUCAUAAUUUCUCAAAUAUUGAUGGUUGCACUUUUAAAGAGUGAGUGUUUGUAGUUUUCAUUAAAUGUGCAUACUGUAUAGUACUUCAUCAUACGCUAAAAAUAUGAUUAAAAGAAAUCAAAAUCUAAGCAAUGUAAUUAAUCUUUCUAAACUCAUGUUUAGUAAAUUUUUCAGCUUACAAACUUCUGUGCAAAACUGGGCAUCUAUGAAAUUUUAUAAAAGUAGGAAAUUAUGAAUUUCAAGCUUCAAACACUGUUUACUACCAUGUGACACUGAUAUGAAAAAUUGUGCUUUCACUUGGAAAGGCCAUGUAAAAAUUUUUAUUUAAAAAUUUAUUCUGAAAGUUUGAAACCAAACAUUUAUAUUAAACGAUAUAUAUAUUUUACUUGUCUAGUCUGCUUUUUUAGUUCUUUCUCUCUGUCGAGACAUUUUGAUAUUCAUGUUUUUCUCAGGUGAUCUUUUUUAUUAUAAAUCACAUCAUAAUAAUAUAUAUUAAGAAUUAGACGGCUCACAAAGCCCUUGAACAUAUUCUUGAUUUUGUAAUUCAUAUAAUUAAUUGCAAAAAUUGUUUUACAUAUUCAAAAUUUUAAAUGUAUGUGCAGAAUGUGAAAUCUAAAACAUUCUUUUUGAAAUGUUGAAUUGCAUGUGAGUAUCUAAAACUUUCUUUUGUAUUCAGUCAUUUUAUAACUAUAAUUUCUGAAAAUGAAAAUAAUUAUAUUAACCAUAACUGAAAAUUAUUAAAUAAAUCAUUGCAUGCCUAGUUUUAAUAAUAAAUUUUAGAAUAUUGAAUCAUUCAUUUAUACUAUUAGCUUUCUAUUUUCUAAAAUUGCAAACAAGCCAAAAAAUGAACAUGAAAUUGCUUGUAUAAACAGAACCAUUUGAUUUGUAUGCUAUCUGAUGUCUUUUUUUAUACAAAUCUUGAGUUACUGUCCAUAAAUGAAGUAUAUAUGUAUAAAUAUAUAUUAUAAAUACUGAAAUAAAUCUUUUUAAAAUGUUUA